CUGUGUGACACUAUAUCGAAUUAGUACAACGGUUCAUCUAAACAAAGUUAAGAAUUGAAAUAUGCAAUUUAGUAAACUAUAUUAUUUCAAACGCUAGAAACUUGGAAAUAUAUAAAUAUGUUCCAUGAUUAUUUUGAAUGGAUAAUACUAUUGGAAAAAUGCAGCGGAUUAAACACGGCCAUCGUAGGGUAAUGUAAUAGCUGAUUGGGAAAAAUCUCUGUCCAGCAGGAUCUAAUGAUAUUAGUACUAAUAUUAUGAAGUACAUCACGCUGGAAACCCCAGCUGAUGAAAUGAAGGAAUAUCCAAAUGAAGUGAUUUGGUCGAUAGGUGGCUCUGAACGCAGACAAAGUCACAGAAUGUCUAAUCAAGAUGGCGAAAUAAACCCAGAGACACACUCGACUGGAACAAUAAAUGGUGAUUGCCAGGCAACAUGCAGUGGUUACCAUGGGAACUACUAUGACGAUCAUAGACAUGGCGAUACAAUCGAUAAUCAUGUUAACAAUUGUGACAUUAACACAGAUGACCGUGACAGUAAAAGAACACAAUCGCAUAAUAAUGACGUAGUGACUGGAUCCGGAAAUGAUCCGUCAAAUUAUUUAUCUGUUUCGAUACAGUCACGUGACUUCAGUCGAGGGUCUGUUUCCAGUAAUCUUUCCGUUGUAAAUAUUACUGAUAUAACUGGUGCAGAAGACAGUAUACACCUAACUACAACUGUACUGAAGCGUUGCAAACGUCAAGUUCUUCGUCCUUACUGGCGCCUUCUGACCGUUAUUGGCUGGCGUGAGUUCGGAAAAGAAUCCGUAAACGCGAAUGGGAAAUGUUGGAGAUUUCUCAACGUUGUAUAUCCAGUGUUUAUAUCUUUAUUGCUUCUAUACACGUACAUAUAUCAAAUCCUUGUCUGUCAGUGGAGGUUAAACGUAUCCCAGGAUACCCAGCCUGUGAUUAUCCAACCGGCUCUUCCUCGUGAGAACAAUAUAACCAGCACCAAUUCCACAACAGUAUCUUAUCCAUGGUUACCGAUAUCUCCAUCGUCUCAUUCCGCUGUCAACGCCACUAAAUUGACCAAAAUAACCGGAAAUACGUCACCAAGAUGUGAUCACGUGAUCACUACGUAUGUUAUACCAAGCUUGCUGCAUUUUAUAGCAUACAUUUUAGGCAUUUUCUACUUUAGGAUAAUGGAAGCAGAACAGCUCUAUGCACUGUUAGAAAAGGUUUUUCUCCAAGCAACGGCGUUACAAGGAAGAGUGGCAUCGCAGGCUAAAAUUAUUGGACGUUUAAGACUUUUCCUUGCCCUUGGAGCAGUAUGGGUGAUUCUCUCUGUUGGGUUACAUGUUCUUUUCAUGUUCGCAUUUGGGCUGGACACAAUGGCCCAUAAUACAAAAACUAGUCCAGCCAGACACUGGUCGUUAUUCGGAGUAGACCUCCUUGGGACAAUGCUCUUGAACUCUGUGAACGUCGCCAUUGUUAUGAACUACGGCACGCAAUGCGAGACUCUAGUUUUCUACAUAAAAGGAAUUUCAACAAGAAUACAAGAAAAAUCGGUAGACCUGCGUUAUGCAAUGAAGGAUAUAUUGGCUGUGAGGCAGUCUCUUAGUAGCCUCAAUAGCACUAUGGCCCAAAUGACGUCAUUGGUUGUGUUUACUUUUGCUGAGAUGGUCAUCAUUGGGAUUAGUAUUUUGGUGCUCAAUAGGAACGACCAAGCAAUCGUUUGGGUGUACCGGUCAAUAUUUCCAAUUGUUUACUCGCUGAUUCUUAUAUUUCCACUAACACAGGCUGCUAGAAUCAUAUCGAUGGGGUCAAAGUUCAAGAAGUUAGCCUUAGAAAGUCGGGUGUUUGGAUAUGGAGGAUGUUCCCCGGGAGAACUAGAUUCAUUCCUUACUUUUAUUGGACAAACACACCUUCGAGCAAAAUUAUUCCAUAUUCCAAUGAAAGCGGGCUUCCUUGUUGGAUUCCUUGUGGUGACGUCACUAGCCUUAUUGCUGCUCUUUCAGACUAAUUUGAUAGUAUCAACAAGACAGUUGCUAUAGUAUUGUUUUAUUUACUGUUUGACGAACACCCCUACGUUGCAUUAAAACUCUGCUGAUUUGAUAGUACCAGUAAGACAGUUGCUCUAGUUUAGUACUUUAUUUAUAGUUGGAUGAACGUCGUUAUUGGCUAUAGUGCAUUCCUUCCAUAUAAAGAACUUAUAUACCUUAUAAUUAUGCUGAUUUGAUAGAAUCAGCAAGACAGUUGCUGUAGUGAUGUUUUGUUUACUGUUUGACGAACAUCUUAUUGGAUGAGGUGCAUCCCUACGUAGCAUGAAAAUUUUGCUGAUUGGAAAGAUCACGACAUCACAUUCUACAGUACAUAUAAUAGCCAGGUUCACUUACUGCGUCAACAAUUGAAAUUCGUAUGUUCAUCAAUAUUUACUGAGAAUGGUGCCACGAUUGAAGUAAACAUCUGGCCUA